UAUUAGAUGAAGACGACCGGUGUAUUGUUGCUGUCGGCGGUAUGUGUCGCCUUAUCGUUAGAUGUUAGAGAUGAGUGCAUGGAACGCUACAAAAUAUGUUCGGUGAAAGAUCGCUUCACAAUGCAAAAAAUAUGUCGAAAAAGUGGCGGAUUAUUGAAACAUACACUGAAAUAUGCGGGGAAAGAGAUAAUAUCGGAUUGCUGUCGGCCAAAUGGCUGUUCCAGACAAUACUUGUGUGACUUCUGUGAAAACUCAUGUUGUCAAAUUGCGAUUGAUAUGAUGAUAAUGGAUUAAUCGUUCCUGUAAACGUGAACUCCAUCACGCAGCAUAUAUUUGCUCAACGAAAUUGAAUUCAUCAGUAAUUGGUUGUAUCAACAAUCAGCACUUGGAGUUUUUUUAUAAACAGGCCGGCGUCACAAAUGAUGUUGAAAAGAAUUUGAUUGUCAACAAAUGUUUUGUGCGGAAUACCGUAUCUUGAUGCACUAACAUGCACUACGUUCGAUACCAAAAAAAAGACCUU